ACGGUGUGGACGGCCAAACGGGUUUUUUCUUUUCUUUAUUUUUCUCUCAUUUCUUCUCAUCUCAUCUCAUCACAAUCGUACCCUCACACUCCUCUCUCUCUCUCUCACACACACACACACACACACACUCUUCCCCCUUAUCGCACUUCCCAGAUUCAGCUAUUUCUAUCUUCCCCUUCUCUCAUGGCUUCGGAUUCGGGGAAGGAUUUUCCUGCUGAUGACAAAGCUGGUUCAGCAGAGAAAAGUUCCAAAGAUGAAUCGUCCUCGAAAGAUUCACCGGCAGGACAGAAAGCUCCGUCUGGGCCUGGGCCUGCAACUCCGUUUCCAGCCAACCCUUUUGAUUUCUCAGCGAUGUCUGGUCUGCUCAAUGAUCCAAGUAUCAAGGAAUUGGCUGAACAAAUAGCAAAAGAUCCAUCGUUCAAUCAGAUGGCAGAGCAGCUUCAGAAAUCAUUUCAAGGACCAACACCGGAGAGUGUGCCGAACUUUGAUAAUCAGCAAUAUUUUUCAACCAUGCAACAGGUCAUGCAGAAUCCUAAUUUUAUGACCAUGGCUGAGCGCCUGGGUAAUGCAUUGAUGCAGGAUCCAUCUAUGUCUUCUAUGCUUGAAAGUUUUACUAAUCCAUCAAAUAAAGACCAACUUGAAGAGAGAAUGGCACUCAUCAAGGAAGAUCCUUCUCUGAAACAUAUUUUAGAUGAGAUAGAGACUGGUGGGCCUGCUGCUAUGAUGAGAUACUGGAACGAUGAGGAGGUUCUGCGGAAGUUGGGACAAGCAAUGGGCCUUGCUAAUCCUGGAGAGGCUGCUGCUUCUGCUGAAAAUUCUGGGCCAGAUGAGGCAGAAGAUGUGGGAAAUGAAGAUGAAUCAAUCGUUCAUCAAACUGCUAGUGUUGGUGAUUUGGAGGGCCUGAAAAAUGCACUAGCCGCUGGUUCUGACAAGGAUGAAGAAGAUUCAGAGGGAAGAACUGCUCUGCAUUUUGCCUGUGGAUAUGGCGAGGUGAAGUGUGCGCAAGUUCUCCUUGAGGCCGGAGCAAAAGUUGAUGCUUUGGAUAAAAAUAAGAACACAGCUCUUCAUUAUGCAGCUGGUUAUGGGAGGAAGGAAUGUGUGGCCCUGCUCCUUGAAAACGGUGCUGCAGUUACACUCCAGAAUAUGGACGGGAAAACUCCUAUAGAUGUUGCGAAGCUAAACAAUCAGAAUGACGUUCUAAAGCUGCUUGAGAAAGAUGCUUUCCUGUAAUUGCAGGGCUUGAAAGCAUUCUGUCAUCGGCUAGAAAAGGGGAAACCGGUGGGAGGAACGAAGGCAUGAUGUAUUCUUUACUUACCUUUUGGUUUCUUCCAAGCGUUUAUCGUGUUAAACUAAAACAGUCCAAUGGGAUUGGAUGUCAGUCACCAUAAAUUUUUUUUGUGCUUGUAAUGCAUUGAUUGUUACGCUGCGUGGUUAUGAAGAUUAGUGUCUUUAUCGAUUUUA